CAUCUUGAUACAAUGAGAACGGCUAAUGUCUGGCUCUUCCCACAAACCCUUUCAUCAGUCAAAAUGGCUGCGUCCUUGAGUUGUCAGAGUGUGAUAUCGAACGCGCUUGCCAGAGUCGGCACUUCGAUAUACAAUAACUCUGCAACAAGAGCACUUCAUGUCACUGCAGCAUGCUGCAAAAAUCGUGCAGCUCGUAUUCGGGUGGGGAAAGGAGACCGACCACUAACCUAUGAACAAGCACUCCACCCCCACCACAUAGGACACCGCAAGGGCUGGCUCUCCCAGCACACUAGUAACCUACAGGGAGAGGGAGGAGCAUCAGAUCGUACUGUGGAAGAUGUGUUUGUAAGACGUUUCCUCUUCGGAACGUUCCAUAACUGCCUGGCCAAUGAGAUUGUGAUAAAGCGACGAGGCAACAUGCUGGUGGUGUGUACCCUGAUGCUGCAGAAACUCCCUCCACAGAAGUUCUACUUCCUGAUUGGUUACACAGAGAUACUGCUCUCCCACUUCUACAAGUGUCCUGUUAAGAUGGAGGUACAGACCCUGGAGGAUAAGGCUGUCUACAAGUACCUAUGAGACAGGAAUUGUUAACAGAUUUGACUUUCAAGACUUGUCAUACAGGACUAUUUUGGGGAAACUCACCGCCGUACAGUUGUAAAAAAUUAAUUGUAUUUCAAAUGGUCUAUUGAAAUCUCUAGUGUGUGGAAACCAACUAUUGAGUGUGUGCCUUGGAGUUGGCUCUUCACAGUAGGAAUAGACAGACUACCAGAUAGUGUUAUCUUCAGGUUAACAGCAGUACACCUGUGUAUUCAGUCAGGUGAAACAUUAACUUAGUGACAAUAAAUCUAAUGUAUACAGGUGACACGCAUCUCUAUCCUACACGGCAGACAAUCUGUUCCAACGUAGUACAUUUCUCUUUUUAAGGAGAAGGAAGUGAGAAAGUUAGGAGAGCGUGUCACAAAUAGGCAUUGGGUCAGAUUCAAACCUACGUAGUUAGUGGUAGGGAUGUGUGCCAUAGGUGGUAGUACUGACAGCCAGACCAUACAUUUUUCGGAGCAUUCUGUAACACAUUGCACCCGCCUGAACAGGCCCCAUUGUUUUUCCAUCUCUUUGAAUUGGAUGCCAUUCCAGUCACUAACUAUUCACUACUUGUAAAUCAUGUUGGAGUUAAAUGUACUUGUGAAAAACUCAGUGGAAUGCUUUUCGUUUAUUGAUUUCCCACGACGCUGUCACAUUGAACAAGGCAUUAAAAAGCUGCUUCAGUGCAAAAAGACAAGGCGCACGGAAUACAUCAUCUUCGUCUAUAUCAAAGGUUAGAGUAUGAAAAAUUCCCUUAAAUAUCAGUGAUAUAUUCCUGUCCGUAAGGCCACAUUGAUUUUUCAAAACGAUUCCACACGAAUAUAACAUUUGUCUGAUCUACAUCUAGGAAAAUGUCCCUCUUGAUUUAUUUUGAAAAAAGGGUCUCAUGGCAACUGUAAUCGUUAAUACUCUGAUUGUAUCACAUUGUAGAACAUUUUGUUUACACUGACAGUAAACUUUACAUUCUCAGA